AUGUUUUUUAAAACGAACCAACAAAAACAAUAUUUAAAAAGAUUAACUAAACCAUUUUACAAUGAUAGUAAUGAUGAUGACCAAUUCUAUGACCCAUCGAAAUUAAUAUUACAACAACAAUCUUCUUCUUCAUCUUCUUCAUCCUCUUCUUCACCUUCAUUACCAGAUAUAUUAUGGAGAAAGAUAAUUGGAUUAACAGAUGAUGUAGAAUGUAUAAAAUAUAGAUUUAAAGAAGAGAAUGAUUUGAUACCUUAUAUCAUUUCGAUUACUUACUCUACCGUUCAAGAUCGAGAGUUGCAAAGACGUAAAGGAGUAUCUCUGUUUCUCAACUUUAACUUUAUGCAGUUGUCUGGUGAUGACUCUAGAAAGGCUCUCGAACGUCUGAGUCAAAUCUCCAAGGCACUGGUCAUUGGCAAUGAAAAGAGUCAUAGUCUGUCAACUCUGGUCGUGCUAAAGACCACUACUGACGACUCUCGUCUGUGUGCCAGCAAGCUGAUCGAGCUGACUCAAGUGUCCAACUUUAUCGUACUUCCACUCCAUGCCAACGAGAAUGCAUCGUUGUCUAGCGUACAUGACGAGCAACCCGUGUAUCACGCCAAAUCACUCACCUCAUUGCAGCUGUCGUAUGUCGCUAACCGGUCGCUUGCGGGAUACAUUGAUUGUGGCUGGUCACACUACACCGAGCAUGGUGUCGGUCUCUUGUUGACCAACUUUUGUCUCAACCGUAUGCAAAUGGAUGUUGACCAGUUUCAAAAACUCUGUAAACUCUUGGAACACUCUAAAACCAUCACCAAUAUUGAAAUAUCGUCUAGUGUCUUGUCUGACAAGAUCGUACAUCUGACAGAUGCACUUGCCAACCACACAACCGUCACUCGACUCUGUAUCAGUGACAAUGCUAUCCGGUCGGCACAGCCUAUAUGCCAACUGCUGCGCGCCAACAAGAUCAUUCAACACUUGGACAUUUCAAACAAUGAAUUGGUCACGCCCGGUUUUGGUGCAGAGUAUGUACUCGAGACACUAAUCGAAGAACUAAACCCAACCCCAAACCCUCUCUUGUCACUCAAUUUGAGUCAGUGUGGAAAGAUCAACACUGUACUCUUGGGAGAAUACCUUUUAAAAGCACCAAUGCUACAACAUCUCGGUAUACACCGUAUAAAACAAGAUAGUGAAUCUACAGACGAACAUUUUUUCGAGUCACUCGCUAGAAACAAGACCCUAUUUUCAAUUGACCUCUCUUAUUUAAAGAUUGGGUCUUCAGGUCAAGCAUUUUUCAACUUUUUCUCCAACAAUACAACACUUAAACGAUGUGAUCUCUCUUGGUCACUACAAGAUGCUCGUGGUAUUAUCCAACACACAUUGCUCAACAACAACACCCUCACCCACCUCAACCUCAGUCUCAACCAAUUGGAUGCAUCCGAUGGUCUGGCACUAGGUAAUGUCCUCGAAAAAAAUACUAGUCUUGUCCAUCUCAACCUAUCGGCCAAUGUCAUUGGAUGGUCAGGUUGUGUCCACAUUUUCAAAGCACUACGUCACAACUCUACCCUUACCCAUCUCAAUCUUCGUCGUAAUCUUAUUAAGGCUCCGGCUCUAAACAACAACGCAGACAAGGGUGUAUUCUUUCAUGCUCUUAAUAAUCUCCAGAAUCAUAGUCAAUGUCGUCUCAAGUAUUUGGAUAUUUCUGGUAAUCAUCUUGGACAGACGGCUAGUGAAAUGGUCCUUGCCCUUCCAUUCAACAACACCCUAUACCAUAUCGAUCUAUCCAACAAUCACAUUGAUACAAGUACUGGUCUCAUGCUUUACGAAGUGCUAGAAAUGAACAAAACCCUUGGUGUCGUCAACUUUCAUGGUAAUUUAUUGGGUGGCUACGUAAGAGAAUUACUCUUUGACCGUUAUAUCGAAAAAUUCCCUCGAUUCUUUUCCAUUAAUCUCAGUUUGGAUCGUCAAAGUUUUGGUGAACCUUUGGCUUGGCAACAUUCUUCAAGUCUUGUUACUUGGCCUUAUUUAAAAUUGUGGAAAAUUUAUUUAAAAUUAAAAUUGGGUCAUAAUAUUUAUCAUUAA